AUGGACUUUUCGUUAAUUUUAUGGAGUUUGAAGAGAGUUGCUUGGCCACCACCGUCUGAAGAAGCCACUUUUCAUCAACCUGUUGAGCAGCAGAAUGCUCCACCACAGCAGCAGCAGCAAAUAAGUCAGCAACAAUCGCUUCCUGUACAGAACCAACAGGUUCUUCAGAAAAACAUUCAAUCGACAGCAAAUUAUGCACCAGUCGCUUUGAAUCAACCGCCAAAAGCACCGCAACAGCAGCGUCCCGUUUCAAUUCAUAGUUUUAGCUCCCUUCAAAGCCAGGCACCUUCAAAACCUCUCUCUCCCUUGCCAUUGUUGCAAACGAACUCACCACAAUUUCAUAGCCCAGUUUACGGAAGCCCUCGUGGCUGGGCACAUGUUGAUUCACCUCGUUCCCCCAACGUCAAUCACCAGCCGAAAAAAUUUUACAAUACCGCUCCGAUUGCAACACCAUCGUUUGAAAUGACUAAUUCAACAAGUUCAUUGGGACAACCGCAGUAUCAGACAAAUGUUGCUCCACAACCGACUCACGCAAUGCAAGACAAUAUUGCGUCUCAAGCUCCGAGCGCUCCUCAACCCUCUUAUGCUCAGCCUCCUAGUCAACAGUUACCAUUUCAAGGUAAUGCUUUGAGGAAAGAGGCUCCGGUUUCGCAAGAACCACAGCCAAUUUUUUCAUCCCAGCCCGUCGCUACAUCUUUUCAAGGGGGAUCAAACAGACGCGGUGACCUUCGUUGGCCUCCAACGGAAUAUAAACAGCAAGCCGUGGAAGAAAAUGAAGCUCGCAGAAAACUUGCUUUAGGGCCCGCAUUUAGGCCCAAGCGUGCAAACAAAGUAGACUAUAGUCAAUUCUUUGCACAAAAUGCAUUGAGCAAUACUUACCCUGGAUAUCGAAUCCCGCCAACGGUUUACACUACACAUGUCAAUGAAUAAGUUUCAGGCGUGUCGCAAGAUGUUUUCGGAUACCUAACUGUUUGUUUAUGUUUUUUAUGUUCAUAUUUUUGGCAAACCCAAGUUUAUAGUGAAUGGAAUCAUGGAAUCAUAAACGCUUGCACCUACCUAUCUUACUAUUAGUUGAAGCAUCGACGUUGCUGCCAAGUUUUGAAGCUUUCAAAGAAACCAUAAAAGGAAGUUUAUCUCAAAGCUUUUCACCAACAUCGUUAAAAAUAGGAUUGAAUAUUUUCAUAUUUAUAUUAAAGAGUCUGUGAAACUGUGAAAAACAUUUAUUAUCAGUUUAUUUACUAAUUCAAAUAGCGAAAAAUUGCAAAUAAAAACUCUUCUGAUAAAAUUUUUACCAUGAUAACAGCAUGCAUGAAAAUUGAAAAGCAAAAGUUGCUGUUUGCAAUUUUUUCUUUCCUAUUCAUCCGCCCAAAGAAAAAGGAAACGUGGAGCGAUGAUUUUUCUUCUUUCUAAACGAAGAAAAUCUGAAUAUGACUUUUUAACAAGCUCAAAAUUAGGGGGAAAAAAACUUUUGAGCACCCGAAAGAAGAAAGAAUUUUUGUUCUUCGUUUUCAUUGGAAAAAAAAGUUAUAAACAGAUAAGUUUUUGUUGAAUGUUUAACAGUUGAAUGCCCGAACGAGAGAGAAUACAGACACAAAAACUUUCAUAUUGAUAUGAAGCAAGAAAUUAUUCUUGGAUCUAAAUGUUUUGUUCUGUUUGGUUUUUGAUUUCCCUUAUGAAUAAAUUAUAUUGUAUACUGCUGUUGAAUAUUACUAAUCGACUAAUAAUUUGAACACGAAACUUCUAUUUUACUCGCUUUACCGAAACAUAAGUUUUUAUCUUUCAAUAACUUAUGUCACAUAUUUAUUUAUUUAUUUAUAUUUAUUUAGAAGAUUUUUGAAUAUUGUAAAAUCAAAAUGUGUAAAAGAAAAAUAAAUUUUUAUUGUAUACAAAUGUUUAUCCUGAAAAUAAAAAGAAAUUGUCUUUAAUUACUUCUAGCAUCAACAAAAGCA